CGUCUGUCCUAAUGACAUAGUAGAGAUGAGAGGCGAAUUAGCCAAAAGAGUAUGUGUUUGGCCGAGGCUAAGGUCCUGUUGCGGGCACUUUUGCACCGAGACGUUGCAAAAGUUCGUCUCCACUCGGUACUUUUGCGCCGUUGGACCCUUGAUACUUCGACGGAAGGAGAAUCUGCUCAUAUCUUCGUAUUUGGGCAUUCAGACCACCUGCCAACCUGAGAGCACCUCUCUGUCCAAGCAUUUCCAAAGUCCUCUCUUUGGGCCAGUAUAGUACCGCGUGGGAGACAAUUGAAUAAUCGAACACAUAAGGGUGGAUUACGGGUUGAGAGGACAAAUAUGUAAGCAGGAGUAAGAUACUUACCUCUGUAACACUGAAAGUCGACCUAUAUUGAGUACAUUUAACAAAGUAGACAGACACUCUACUCAAAUGUUCUCACUUUUCCAGGCUUGCAAGCUUCUCCUAUUGCUAGCGAUAUCUCAAACAACGGUCGUUUUCCCCAGGCAGCUCCCUACCAAGCACCCUUUCAUCCCACCCAUCAUCGACCUUCUCACUCAACGCCCGCCGCUGCCGCCGCCGCCUCAAUACGUCUAUGGGAAAGAUAUUUGUUUAAUGUUAUCACCAAGGCCCAUGGCGUGGCGGGUAAUGACCUCGUUUGUAUGGCCCCGCUCCCAUGGGUCACGAGUUCGCGUCUCGUGAAAAAUCACUAGCAUCGUUAUAACUGAGAAAAAGUGCGUGAAGAGUGAACCUGGUGCUUUUCGUAGGCCCCCCGUGAGAGGGCUUGAGCUUUUGUACUUUUUGACACAGUCAUUGCCUGAAGUUUGUGUGUCGUUAUCAUGGCGAUUGAUGAUCAGAGGAAAAGAGCAAGAUGCAGGUGGUUAUCCCCGCUGGUGUCUAUACAUGAUAUAUAAUCCGUCAUCUGACGAAGUUUCUCUGAAGAGUACUGGCUAGGUACCAAGUUGCCUUCUCCACGAACAGCUCUAAGCAAGUUAGCAACACCAUACCAAUCGCUUCGGA